CACGUCAGGGGUGGGCACAUAGCCUAACCGGUCGAGCAAAAGACCACUGCCAGUUUUUAGUGAAUAAUAGUGGUCCACAGGAAAUCUUCCACAAAACGAAAGUAUCCACAGUACAAGCAGCGCGAGGGUACUUUCAAAGUAGCCCUCGACGCACAUAUAAAUACUGUUCCGGUAGCCUUGAUUCUCAUAUCCACUAACCUCCACCUGCCACUGAACGCGUGCGCACUCUCACUCUCAAGUUAUUAUCUGCUGGCCAGAUGAGCGCACGCAACUUUCCUCCCCUACCCGUUCGAAACAACAACGGAUUUAUGCCGAAUACAAUGUAUAUGGGUCAAAUGCCCUAUCCCCAGCCCGCAUACGUUCCUCAACCCGGCAAUGCCACAGCGCAAGCGCACGAACCCCUGCGUCCUCCCGCCUAACAUGGUGCAUGUCGCCGCUCCCCCACAUGCCCAAGUCGCAUCCUCGGGCGUGGGUGCUGGAUAUCCGCAUUAUCCGUUCCAAGCCGCAUACAAUUUUCCUUAUCCUCCCACAUGCGUUCAGUCUUUUAUUAAUCCGUACACAUCGAAAUCUAUAGCUGGUCUACCCCCCCAACAUCUAUCCGCGCCUCUCCAGUACAAUCAACCUUCCUUCCCCUCAGAAUCUUUUGCCGCAUUUCCGCCCCCUUACCAGCAUCACGGUUCUGAGCUCGCAAUGGGCUUUACUUCCUCCUCUCUGCCUCAAGUAACUGUUUCGUUGGCGCCGGCCAGUCAAAAGCGCGUCGGGGAAGACUGUGAAGGCUACAGACCAAGAAAGAGAGCCAAGCUCUAUGACAUAUCGCGGGACAUGGAAUUUGUAAGCUUCCUUUUCAUCUUGUGAGGCUGAAUACUCAUUUUGGGGACAGCAACCCCUAAGAGAGACGGACAAACACGGCAAUCAGUUAUUCAAGUGUCUUAGGGACCAGUGUGGCA